UGCCGGUAAUACAGUUACCUCGAUUUUGCCAGGAGAGGAGAGGAUAACCUUGGUGUUGCCAGUUCGUCCAUAUGUAUUUGUGUUGUGCCUUGUGCUCUUUAGGUUAAUAAAACGAUAAUAUGUCAAGGAAAAUCAUGAAGAAAUAAAAAUCAACAUGGUAAAGCUAUCCACAGUGAUUUUAUCUGAAAUUAAACAAAAGACGACGCGGAGGUAUCUCCGUGAAGGUUUUAAGGAUACGUUACGAAUUUUUGUACAAGGCGGUGCAGGAGGCAAUGGUUUACCAAAAUUUGGUGGUGUUGGUGGUAAAGGAGCUAACGUAGUAGCAGUGGCUAAAGAAAAUUUAACACUUGAACAAGUUUAUAAAGCGAAUCGCAGCAAAAGAUAUAUUGCGGCUUCAGGGCGACAUUCUACACACAAUUUCAUAUUGGGAACUCCAGGAGAAGAUCUGAAGGUUGAAGUUCCAGUUGGUGUGACACUUGUUACAGAUUUUGGAAAGAAACUCGGAGAAUUAAAUGAGGAAAAUGAAGAAUUGGUAUUGGCAAAAGGGGGCCCUGGAGGACAUCCAAAAAAUGGAUUCUUAGGUGUUAAAGGAGAAGCUUAUCCUGUGAAGUUAGAUCUAAAAUUGAUAGCUGAUAUUGGGCUAGUAGGAUUUCCAAAUGCUGGGAAAAGUACUUUAUUAAAGGCUAUAUCACAUGCUAAACCUAGGAUUGCUGCCUAUCCUUUUACAACUGUGAGACCAAAUAUAGGUAUUCUGUCCUAUAAAGACUUGAGACAGAUAUCAAUGGCAGACCUGCCAGGUUUGAUAGAAGGAGCUCACAAAAACAAAGGGAUGGGACAUCAAUUCCUGAAACAUGUAGAAAGAACAAAGUUACUUCUCAUGAUUGUCGAUAUCAAUGGCUUCCAGUUAAGUCCUCAGUAUCCUCACAGAAGUUGUUUAGAGACAAUUAUGCUACUUAUUAAGGAGCUGGAAAUGUACAAUGCCGAACUGGUGAAAAAACCGUCAAUUCUUGUUAUCAAUAAAAUGGAUACUGAGGGAUCUAUUCAGCGGUUUGAAGAAGUCAAAGAUAAGCUGAAAAAUCUUAAAGAAUCGUUUAAAGACUAUCCAAGUGAAAUAAGACCAGAAAACAUCUUGAAGUUCUGUGAUAUAAUACCAGUGUCGGCGAAAGAAAGACCUGCAGAUGUAGAAUAUGUAAAAAAUAGACUUAGGAAUCUGCUAGAUGUCCUUGCUGAACUUGAACAGCAAGAACAGCUAAAAGCAAAUAGUGGGCUGUAUCAAGAAAUCAGGCAAAAAAUAAGCGAAAAACAGCCAAUUCGCGUAUGAAUGCGAGUGUAAUGUAUAAUAAGGAAAAUAAAGGUAAUAUUUUGAUUAA